AUGGGAGCCGCCCGGCUGCUGCCUAACCUUACCCUGUGCUUGCAGUUAUUGAUUCUCUGCUGUCAAACGCAGGGGGAGAAUCACCCGUCUCCUAAUUUUAACCAGUACGUGAGGGACCAGGGCGCUAUGACUGACCAGCUGAGCAGGCGGCAAAUCCGUGAGUACCAGCUCUACAGCCGGACCAGUGGCAAACACGUGCAGGUCACCGGGCGACGCAUCUCUGCCACAGCCGAGGAUGGCAACAAGUUCGCCAAGCUCAUCGUGGAGACUGACACAUUUGGCAGCCGGGUCCGCAUCAAGGGGGCAGAGAGCGAGAAGUACAUCUGUAUGAACAAGAGGGGCAAGCUGAUUGGGAAGCCAAGCGGGAAGAGCAAAGACUGCGUGUUCACGGAGAUCGUGCUGGAGAACAACUACACAGCCUUCCAGAACGCCCGGCAUGAGGGUUGGUUCAUGGCUUUCACUCGGCAGGGCCGGCCACGCCAGGCCUCCCGGAGCCGCCAGAACCAGCGAGAGGCCCACUUCAUCAAGCGCCUCUACCAGGGCCAGCUACCCUUCCCCAACCAUGCUGAGAGGCAGAAGCAGUUCGAAUUCGUGGGCUCAGCCCCCACCCGCAGGACCAAGCGCACUAGGAGGCCCCAGCCCCAAACGUAG